UAAAUAGGAGGCUCCCAGCGCUGGGCGACACUGGAACCCGCUGGCUGCCCGCCCCGGGUGUUUCCCUGCCCUGUAGCCAGGCUGCCUGCUGCGUAGUUUCGUUUCCUCCUGGCUCAGGGAUUAGUUUCCAAGCACCCUCUCGGUGCCAGGGCCCGGGAAGGGCACGAAGAAGGAGCAGGGAGACUCUUCCAGGGGCUGCCCUGCCCCGCACAGCACGGUUGAUGGACCCGGCCGCCCCGGGCAGUGGCGUCAGCUCCCUGCCGCUGCUCCUGGUUCUUGCCCUGGGUCUUGCAAUUCUCCACUGUGUGGUGGCAGAUGGGAACACAACCAGAACACCUGAAACCAAUGGCUCUCUCUGUGGAGCUCCUGGAGAAAACUGCACAGGCACAACCCCUAGACAGAAACUGAAAACCCACUUCUCCCGGUGCCCCAAGCAGUACAAGCAUUACUGCAUCCAUGGGAGAUGCCGCUUCGUGGCGGACGAGCAAACUCCCUCCUGCAUCUGUGAGAAAGGCUACUUCGGGGCACGGUGUGAGAGAGUGGAUUUGUUUUACCUCCAGCAAGACCGAGGGCAGAUCCUGGUGAUCUGCUUGAUUGUGGUCAUGGUGGUAUUCAUCAUUCUGGUCAUCUGUGUCUGCACCUGCUGUCAUCCCCUUCGGAAACACCGUAAAAAAAGGAAGGAAGAGAACAUGGAAACUCUGGGUAAAGAUAAAACUCCCAUAAGUGAAGAUAUUCAAGAGACCAAUAUUGCUUAAUGGUUACAAAGUUACCGCGAGCUGGUGGUGAGCUACAAAACACCUUGCUCAUUUGCAGAUGGACAGGAGGUGUCUCAGGAAAACAGCUAGCAGAAAUGAAUGUUUAAAUAUUGUAUUUACCUUUUUAUUUUUAUUUGUAACUUUGUGUUGUUUGUUAUUGUUUUUAGUAAUAUUUUUUUAUUACAGUCUAAUAAUUGAGGACCUGGCUAGGUAGCAUUAAAAAGGAGGGACAUUUCAAAAUAAGCCUUGUUGCCAGGAUUAUUAGUCAAAUAAAAGAGAAGGGGGAAAGAGGUUAGAUUUUUAAGAACUGAGUCAAUAAUAAGGCUCACCAGCUUUACACACUUAUAGUAUGCUGAACUUGGAAUAUAUUAUUUACUUUUAUCCUCCAACAGUCUGUGAGAGAGCAUAUUUCUGUUCUCAUUCACAUAUAUGCAAAAGUUAAAUAAUCUCACUUAGACUUAGAGAUGGAGGAAUUGACGGAGUCAGAACUGAGAUGGACCCAGAUUCAGAGCUGGCGUUCUUAUCAUUGUUAAUUUGGGCUCCUGUAAUAAUGUAACCCACGAUUUCUUUCUGGACUGUGCUUUGCUGUGUGAUUCUAAGGCGGUAGGGCAGUUUUCCCACAUUAACACAGAAAGUAGAAUCAUGGCCAGUGCUGAUGUCAUCAUCAUGAUUUUUGCAAAGUUGACUAUUAUUAUUAUUAUUAUUAUUAUUAUUAUUAUUAUUAUUAUUUUGCUUUUCCAUAAAGUCUCAGUGGCAUGAGUAAAUUCUUAUAUUUUCAAAACAAACAGAUUUGUCCCAUACUUAUAGUAAUAAAUAUAGAUGAAAAAGUAAAUGACUGGCCAGGCGGUGGUGGUGGUGGUGCACGUCUUUAAUCCCAUCACCCGGGAGGCAGAGCCAGGAGGAUCUCUGUGAGUUCAAGGCCAGCCAGGUCUACAGAGCGAAAUUUAGGACAGGCACCAAAACUACACAGAGAAACCCUGUCUCAAAACAAACAAACAAAACAACAAAAAAGUAAGUGACUGGUGUUCUUUAAACCCCUGAUAGGUAUUUAUGCUCAGUAAAGUAUAAACAGCAAUAAAAGUAUAAACUGUUAGUAUCAGUGAUGGUGCGGCUGACCAUAUGUGGCCAUAUGUGACCACAGCCUCAAUUCCAAUGCAUGUACGAUUGCUUUCAGGUGACUUUUGGUGCCAUGGCAUGCUGACCAUAGCAUCUAUUAUUUGAACUAUUUUGCCACAUGUUCCUUUGACUAUGUGAUCUAUCUAGUAGAAAAUAUAUUAAGCAUAAAAAAUGAAAUUUAUAUUUAGUCAGUAUUCUACAGAACAUGGAAUUUUCCAUAUUGACUAGCUGGAUCACUUACAAAAGCCAAUGGGAAGAUGUCCUCAGACAGGGGCACUUCCUGCCUAUCAGGAUCCUUGUAAAUUUUACUUUACAAAAGAGAUUCCAUAGAUUUAAACAAAAGCCUGGGUUCCAUAUGUUCUUUUAGCACAGUGUUUGGAAGUAGGCUGGGGUUUCACUCAUGAAGGAAUAGCUCACCUGCCAAUAAUAGCUAAGCGAAAGUACUGUCAUGUCUCAAAAUGGAUUUUCUUCCUUGUGACUGAAUGGCCAUCCUUGAAACAAGACUACCCAACUGGACUCAGAUUUGUGCUUUAUUUUCUAAUGUUUCCAUGGGCUCAAGUGUGCCUUCUCUUUCUGGUCUUCUUUGCCGCUAAACAGGCCUGAAAUAAAUGGCCAUUAGAACAUUUAAAAAUACCACCAAUCCUGUUAAGUGUCUCUGCUCUCCUGGUCCCUGGUUGGCUGACCAAUGCAAUCUCUUUAAAGAAGUCAGUGCUGGGAAACUCAUUUGUAUCUGAAACUUUUAAUGGUGUCUGUUGAAAUUCUGAUAUCUAGAAAGAAUUUCAAGAAUUUUCAUGUCUUUUCAGAGUGUAUUUUGUAAUUGUUUUUGCAUAUACUAUGUUUUUGUUUAUAUAGACU